AUGAAAAACAUUGUUGAUUUAGUCAAACUUGUUUUUAUUAUAGCCUGCGUUUGUCAUGUAUUUUGUCUUUUUUGGCAUGGUCUAGCAAUUUAUGAAAUUAAUCAAGGUUGUAACACUACUUGGCUAUAAUAUAGAGGAAUAUAAGAUGCAGAUGUGUUUACAAGGUAUGUUCAAUCAUUUUAUUAUCUUUCAGUUACAAUGAUAACAGUUGGAUAUGGAGACAUAACUCCCCAAACGACAUAUGAAAUACUAUUUACUACAAUAACUAUGUUUGUCACUGGAUUUUUCUAUGCAUUUAGUUUGAAUAGGAUAGGUAGUAUUAUAGAAAAUAUAGAAAUGAAAGAUAAAUCGUAUAAAGAAAGUAUGCAGGUCAUUCAUAGGCUUAUGAGAGAAGAAAGUGUAUCUUAAACUUUAAGAGUUUAAAUAUCAAACUAUCUACAGUAUCUUUAUAAAGAAUCGAAUGAAGUAUGUAAAUAACAAGAAAAAGAAAUAAUAAAUAAACUAUCAAAAUAAUUAAAAUAUGGUCUCAUUUAAGAUGUUUAAGGAAAAUAUUUGAAAGAAAUUGAAUUUAUUGACAAGCUAGAAUCUAAAUCAAAAAUUGUUGAAAUAAUGGAAGAAUGUCUAUUUUCACCUGGAGAAUAUAUUUUUCAAUAGGGAGAUUUAGAUGAUAGUGCUCUGUAUUAUAUAGUUAAAGGAAGUGUCAAAAUUACUUAUGAAUACUAAGAUAGAAAUCAAACUUAGAAUUUAGUAAUAGCUCAAUUACAUAAAUCAUAGUAUUUUGGUGAUAUGUAAUUUAUUUAAGGAAGUGUGAGAAUAUUGACUGCUUAAGCAAGUGAUUUUUGUAGAACUUAUAAAAUUCCUAGGGACAAAUUUUUUAAUUGCAUUAAGCAAUCAGAGUAAGAUUUUGAGAAUUUCUAGAUGCUAAGAGAGGCUUAUAUAUUCAAAUAAAAUCAAAAGCUUUUCAAUAUAAAAUGCUACACAUGUAAUAAAACAGAUCACUUUUCUUUAAAAUGCCCUAAAACUCAUUUAACACUCUCUAUUUAAACACUGAUUUAAAAAGAAAACAAAACAAAUCCUCAUUUGGAAAGAUAAAAUUUUAAAAGGAGACAAUAAAAAUAUAAUUCUCUUACCUUUCAUUUCGAUACAAUAGAUGCUAUUUUCGAAUUCUUAGACAAAGAAGAUAAUUUUUAGGAUUUAUAGCAUUUAGAAGACCAGUUAAAUUAUAGUUAAGAUGAAGCUUAUUUAGAAUAAUAAAUGCUAGAAUUAGAAGCAUUAGAAUAAAUGGCUUAUGUAUCUCAUGAAUAAAAUAAAAUAAAUAUAAAUAAUUAAAUAAUAUCUGAGGUAGAUUAAGAUCAAGAGCAAGAAAAUUAAUAAAACUAAAUUAUUUCUUAAGAAUUAAUUAAUCAAGAAAUCGAAAAAAUUCAACCAACAUAUAAUUAAAAUAAACAAAAAAAAUAUUCUUUAAUUACUAACAGGCAAAGGAAUUUAAGCUUAGAUAAAAUAUAACCUCACAGUGGUUUAGUAGAAUUUUAAUAUAAACUAUAAAAUGGGGAAGAAUAGGAAAUUUCAAGUUUUGAAUAAAAUUCUAGCUUAAGCAAUUUUACAUAAAGGUCUAUAAAAAAGUUCAUAUAAUAAAACUCACUUAAAAGCUAAAAUGAAGAAAUUAAAAAUAUCGAAAGUUAGAUAUAAAAUUCACAUUAAAAUUCUUAAUUAUCUUUCCAAAACAAUGAUAAAAUAAAUUAAAGCUAGGUUUAUGACGAAGGAAAAGCUAAAAAACCUAUGCUUAGUAAUAGAUUUUUUUAAGGAAAUAAAAUAAUUAGCUAAAAUUUAGAAUCAAAAGAAUUAAAAAAUGAUAAAUCUUAACAAGAUGCUGUAAAUUUGAUUAAUAAAGUUACAACUUAUUAAAAUAAGAAUGCCUAACAUCUUUUUAAGAAAAAAUCUUAAAGUCUCAAUAAUUUAAAUAAUUUAGAUGUUGAAAACAAAGAAGAAUUGAUCUAAAGAGAAAAAUAAAAAACUAUUCAAUUUCAAUCAGGAUUAAAUAAAUAAAUAUAAGAAAAUAAUGAUUAAAAAAUAGGCAAUUUUAAAGAUGUAUUUUAAUAAUAAAUUAUGAGAUCCUAGUCUUUUGAUGAAUCCUCUUUAAAUCAUUUAAGCUAUUAACUUGCAAAUUAAACAAACUCUUAAAUGGUUAAAAAUAGUUCAAAUGAUUAAAAAAAUACUCAUCCCUUUAUGUUAGAUAUAAAAAAUUAAUAAGUUCAAAAAUAGCAAGAUGAAAAAUUUAAGUCAAAUAAUUCAACAAUUUCAAAUUUAGAUUAAUCCAAAUAAAAUCUUAACUACACAUCUUAGAGCACAAUAAAAUCUGUUUCAAAUGGCUAAAAUGUAAGUAAAAACGAAUUGGGAUGUAACAAAUAAGUAGUUUAAAAAUAAUAGUAUUUAAAUAGAAGAUAAAGUAAGAAAGUUACCUUAAUUAGGCAAAUGUAAUCAGUUACUUAAAAUCAAAUCUAAAAUUUAAUCAGCUAAAACAAUUAAGGUUUGAAUAUGUUUUCAUAAAUCGCUCAACAAAUGAAUAACUCUCCAUUAAUUGCAAAAAGACGCUCUAAUGCCUAUAAUAAAACUUUUUAUAAACUCUAUCCUUAAGAAUAAAAUAUAAAUAAAAAUUAAAACUCUUUAGUAUUUGAGAGUUUAGAAAAUAGUAAACUUUUACCAGAAAUUUUAAAAAACAGAUCUUCUCUAUUAUAAGAAAUAAAUAGUAAAGAUAUCUUAAGAAAAUAACUGCAUCAAGCGGUUGCAUAAAUGAUUGAUUUUUCAUCUAUUAAUAACGAAAGUACUUUAAUUUACCACAUGAAAAGUAUUAAACUGAAUGAAUAAGAUCAUUUAGAUUUACUGAAACUCAAUAAUAAAUAAGGAGAAUCUGUCUAAGAGUGCACAAAUGAUGACUUAAAAUCAGAAAUAUAAUAGUUUUUUUUUACAAAUAAUAAUGAUCAAUAGUUUGAAGAGUUCAGUCAACAAAAUUAAUAGAUAGAAAACUCAUAUACUUAGAAUUAGUAAGAAAAUAUUGAAGAGUUUAAGCAAAAUAUGGAAAACAAUGACAACUUGUAUGAAAAAAAUGGAUAAAGAGUUGUUGAAAAAGGCAAUGUUAUUUUUGAUAGGAAAAAAGCUGCCAUAAAAUAUUUAAAAAAGAAUUUCAUCAUGGAUUAAAUAGCAUUACUGCCUCUCUUUAUGUUUUUAUUAGAUAUAAAACUUGAAGGUAUAUAUUCUUGGGCUAUCUACUUUUAAAUAUUGAUGAAGCUUUUUGUCCUCUCUGAUAUAUUCGAUAGACUAACUUACUAUUUAAAUUACUAAAAAAACAUGAAAAACAUUGUUGAUUUAGUAAAACUUGUUUUUAUUAUAGGCUGCGUUUGCCAUGUAUUUUGCCUUUUUUGGCAUGGUCUAGCAAUUUAUGAAAUUAAUCAAGGUUCUAACACUACUUGGCUAUAAUAAAGAGGAAUAUAAGAUGCAGAUGUGUUCACAAGGUAUGUUCAAUCAUUUUAUUAUCUUUCAGUUACAAUGAUAACAGUUGGAUAUGGAGAUAUAACUCCUCAAACGACAUAUGAAAUACUAUUUACUACAAUAACUAUGUUUGUCACUGGAUUCUUCUAUGCAUUUAGUUUGAAUAGGAUAGGUAGUAUUAUUGAAAAUAUUGAAAUGAAAGAUAAAUCGUAUAAAGAAAGUAUGCAGGUCAUUCAUAGGCUUAUGAGAGAAGAAAAUGUAUCUUAAACUUUAAGAGUUUAAAUAUCAAACUAUCUACAGUAUCUUUAUAAAGAAUCAAAUGAGGUAUGUAAAUAACAAGAAAAAGAAAUAAUAGAUAAACUAUCAAAAUAAUUAAAAUAUGGUCUCAUUCAAGAUGUUUAAGGAAAGUAUUUGAAAGAUAUAGAAUUUAUUGACAAGCUAGAAUCUAAAUCAAAAAUUGUUGAAAUAAUGGAAGAAUGUCUAUUUUCACCUGGAGAAUAUAUUUUUCAAUAAGGAGAUUUAGAUGACAGUGCUCUGUAUUAUAUAGUUAAAGGAAGUGUCAAAAUUACUUAUGAAUACUAAGAUAGAAAUCAAAGUUAGAAUUUAGUAAUUGCUCAGUUACAUAAAUCAUAGUAUUUUGGUGAUAUGUAAUUAAUUUAAGGAAGUGUGAGAAUAUUGACAGCUUAAGCAAGCGAAUUUUGUAGAACUUAUAAAAUUUCUAGGGACAAAUUUUUUAAUUGCAUUAAACAAUCAGAGUAAGAUUUUGAGAAUUUCUAGAUGCUAAGAGAGGCUUAUAUAUUCAAAUAAAAUCAAAAGCUUUUCAACAUAAAAUGCUACACAUGUAGUAAGACAGAUCACGUUUCUUUAAAAUGCCCUAAAACUCAUUUAACACUUUCUAUUUAAACACUGAUUUAAAAAGAAAACAAAACAAAUCCUCAUUUGAAAAGAUAAAUUUUUGAAAGAAGAAAAUAAAAAUAUAAUUCUCUUACCUUUAAUUUUGAUAUAAUAGAAGCUAUUUUCGAAUUCUUAGAUAAAGAAGAUAAUUUUUAGGAUUUAUAGAAUUUAGAAGACCAGAUACAUUAUAGUUAAGAUGAAGCUUAUUUAGAAUAAUAAAUAUUAGAAUUAGAAGCAUUAGAAUAAAUAGCUCAGGAAUAAAAUAAAAUAAUAAAAACUAAUUAAAUUAUUUCUGAGGUGGAUUAAGAUUAAGAGCAAGAAAAUUAAUAAAAUUAAAUUAUUUCUUAAGAUUUAAUGAAUACAGAAAUUGAAAAAAUGUAACCUGCUUAUUAUUAAAAUAAAUAAAGAAUUUAGUCUCUAAAUAACAGAUCAAGGCAUUUAAGUUUAGAUAAAAUAUAGCCUCACAGUGGUUUAGUAGAAUUUUAAUAUGUACUAUAAAAUGGAGAUGAAUAGGAAACUUCAGGUUUUGAAUAAAAUUCUAGCUUAAGCAGUUUUACAUAAAGGUCUUUAAAAAAAUUCAAAUAAUAAAGCUCACUUAAAAGCUAAAAUGAAGAAAUUAAAAAUAUCGAAAGUUAGAUCUAAAAUUCACAUUAAAAUUCUUAAUUAUCUUACCAAAAUAAUGAUAAAAAAUGUUAAAGCUAGGUUUACGACGAAGGAAAAGCUAAAAAACCUAUGAUUAGUAACAGAUUUUUUUAAGAAAAUAAAAUAAUCAGCUAAAAUUAAGAAUCAAAAGAAUUAAAAAAUAAUAAAUCUUAACAAGAUGUAGUAAAUUUAAUUAAUAAAGUUAAAAUAUAUUAAAAUAAGAAUGCCUAUCACUUUUUUAAGAAAAAAUCUUAAAGCCUCUAUAAUUUAGAUGUUGAAAAAAAAGAAGAAUUGAUCUAAAGAGACAAAUAAAAAACUAUUCAUAAUCAAUCAAGAUUAAAUAAAUAAAUAUAAGAAAGUAAUGAUUAAAAAAUAGGUAAUUUUAAUGAUGUAUUUUAAUAAUAAAUUAUGAGAUCCUAAUCUUUUGAUGAAACCUCUUUAAAUCAUUUAGAAUAACUUAAACAUUUAACAACAUCUUAAAUGCUUAAAAUUAGUUUAAAUGAUUUAAAAAACACUCCUCCCUUUUUGUUUGACAUAAAAAAUGAAUAAGUUCCAACAUUAAAAGAUGAAAAAUUUAAAUCAAGCAAUUCAACAAUUUCAAAUUUAGAUUAAUCCAAAUAAAAUCUUAAUUACACAUCUUAGAGCACAAUAAAAUCUGUUUCAAAUGGCUAAAAUGUGAGUAAAAAUGAAUUGGGAUGUAGUAAAUAAGUAGUUUAAAAAUAAUAACAUUUAAAUAGAAGAUAAAGUAAGAAAGUUACCUUAAUUAGGCAAAUGUAAUCAGUUACUUAAAAUCAAAUCUAAAAUUUAAUCAGCUAAAAUAAUCAAAAUUAGAAUAUGUUUUCAUAAAUCGCUCAAUAAAUGAAUAACUCUCCAUUAAUUGCUAAAAGACGUUCAAAUGUAUAAAAUAAAAAUGUUUAUAAGCUCUAUCCUUAAGAAUCAAAUAUAAAUAAAAAUUAAAACUCUUUGAUAUUUGAGAGUGAAAAUAGUAAACUUUUACCAGAAAUUUUAAAAAAUAGAUCUUCUCUUUUAUUAGAAAUAAAUAACAAAGACAUCUUAAGAAAAUAACUGCACCAAGUGGAAAAUAUAAUCACUCAAGAGGAAAAUGGUUUUAAUAUUCAUAUGAAUAGUGUUUAAUUUAAUAAAUAGGAUCAUUAGGAUUUAAUCUAUCUAAGCAUGAAAUAAAGCGAAACUGUAAAAGAAUAAACACAUGAUGAUCUAAAAACAGAAAAUUAACAUAACUUUUACACAAAUUUAAAUGAUUAAUAGUACUUCAAUACAGAUUAAGAAAUAAAUGAUGAUUAAAGCUCGUAGUUUCAGUAGAUGAGUGUAAUUGAAAAAAAUAUGUAUGGAUUAGAUUAGAGCUCUUAAAUAGAAAGAAAAGAUGAAUCAAAAAUAUAGAUAACUAAAAUACCCAACGAUAUUUAAUGUUAAGGCUCAAAACUAUCAAGAAUUUCAAUAGAAUUAGAUUAAAAAUAAAUUAAAUCAAAAUUUGAACUUUAAAGAAGCCAAUAUGAAGGAAAAUCAAAGAAAUAAAUUAAAAAUCCAAAAAAAUUAAUUAGAGCAAUAAAUUUGCUAACUGUCUUUGUUGUGUUUGUUUUAGAUAUACUGUUUACUUUCAAUACAGGAGUUGUUGAAAAAGGUAACGUUAUUUUCGAUAGGAAAAAAGCAGCUAUAACGUAUUUAAAAAAGAACUUCAUCAUGGAUUAAAUAGCACUGCUACCUCUAUUUAUGUUUAUUUUAGACAUAAAACUUCAGGGUUUAUACUCUUGGGCUAUCUACUUUUAGAUUUUAAUGAAACUCUUUGUCCUUUCUGAUAUUUUUAAUAGACUAACUUAUUACUUGAACUACUAAAAAAACAUGAAAAAUAUUGUUGACUUAGUAAAGCUUGUCUUUAUUAUAGCCUGUGUUUGCCAUGUAUUUUGUCUUUUCUGGCAUGGACUAGCAAUCUAUGAAAUUAAAUAAGGGUGUAACAAUACUUGGCUCUAAGUGAGAGGAAUAUAAGAUGCAAAUGUUUUUACAAGGUAUGUUCAAUCAUUUUAUUUUCUUUCAGUCACGAUGAUAACAGUUGGAUAUGGAGACAUAACUCCUCAAACAACAUAUGAAAUACUACUUACAACAAUAACUAUGUUUGUCACUGGAUUUUUUUAUGCGUUUAGUUUGAAUAGGAUAGGUAGCAUUAUAGAAAAUAUAGAAAUGAAAGAUAAAUCAUAUAAAGAAAGUAUGCAGGUCAUCCAUAGGCUUAUGAGAGAAGAAAAUGUGUCUUAAACUUUAAGAGUAUAAAUUUCUAACUAUUUGCAAUAUCUUUAUAAAGAGUCGAAUGAAGUUGGUAAAUAGUAAGAAAAAGAAAUAAUAAAUAAACUAUCGAAACAAUUGUAAUAUGGUCUCAUUUAAGAUGUUUAAGGAAAAUAUUUGAAAGAAAUAGAAUUUAUUGACAAGCUAGAAUCUAAAUCAAAAAUUGUCGAAAUAAUGGAAGAAUGCUUGUUCUCGCCUGGAGAAUAUAUAUUUUAAUAAGGAGAUUAAGAUGAUAGUGCCCUGUAUUAUAUAGUUAAAGGAAGUGUCAAAAUUACUUAUGAAUAUUAAGACAGAAAUUAAACUUAGAAUUUAGUAAUAGCUCAGUUACAUAAAUCACAAUAUUUUGGUGAUAUGUAAUUCAUUUAAGGAAAUUCGAGGAUUUUAACUGCUUAGGCAAGCGAUUUCUGUAGAACUUAUAAAAUUCCAAGGGACAAAUUUUUUAAUUGCAUAAAGCAAUCAGAGUAAGAUUUUGAGAAUUUCUAGAUGCUUAGAGAGGCUUAUAUAUUCAAAUAAAAUCAAAAGCUUUUCAAAAUAAAAUGCUACACAUGCAAUAAAACUGACCACUUUUCAAUAAAAUGCCCAAAAACUCAUUUAACGCUGUCUAAAUAAACACUAAUUCAGAAAGAGAACAAAUCAAUCCCUCAUUUGGAAAGAAAAUGCAUAUAAAGAAGAUAAUAAAAAUACAAUUCUCUUUCACUUAACUUGGAAACAAUAGAGACUAUUUUUUAAUUUUUAGAAAAAGAUGAAAAUAUUUAAGAUUUACAACAAAUAGAAGAAUAAAUGAAUUUAAGCUAAGAUGAAGCCUAUCUUGAAUAAUAAAUAAUUGAAUUGUAAUAAUUAGAGUACAAUGAAUAAUUAGCAGAAGAAUAAAAAAAUUAUGAAAUAAACAAUGAGAGAAUAAUUGAAGUUGGUUAAGAUGAAGAGUAAGAUAAUGACGAUAAAAGUUAGUAAAAAAAUAAUUUUGGUAAUAAUAAAAAGAAUAUUUAAAUUUAAAUUUACCAAAAUGAUCAACAAACUAACUAAGAAGACGAUACAGGGUCUUUAGAUGAUGUAAAAUCUGUGUAAUCAAAUUUUAGCAUCAAAGGAAUAAUUAAUUAAUUUUAGAAAAAUAAAUAAAAGAAAUUAAGUUUUGAAAAAUAAUCUCGAGGUUCAUUUUUGGAACAUUUAAAUUAGUAAUACAAUUUGAUUGAGCAAUAAUUUUAAUCGACUGACCAAAACUCUAGUAUAAGUAAUUUAACAUAAAAAUCUUUCAGUAAAUUAAAGUAAUUAAAUCCAUCUACAAAAAAUAUAAAUGAAGAAAGUGAAAAUUAGGUUUCAGUAUCAAACUAAAGCAAUGAUUCAUAAUAACUUUUAAGUGAUUACAAAAAAAAAUAAAAAAAUUUAAAACCUGUGAGUUACAACGAAAUAAAAUCGUAACAAAAUUUGUUAAAAAUGUAAUUGAUUUAUGAAAACAGAGAGAAAAAUAAUUCUGCCCAUAGCUCAAAAGACCCUUUUUGCAGAAUUCCAAAUAAAUAAUAAUAGGAAGUAAUUUUUAAAAGUUAAUAAAGUGCUAUGGAGCAAAAAAAAUCUAUUUUUAAAAGAAAGUCUUAGAGUCUCACAAAUUUGUAAGAUGAUAGUGAUAGCGAUCAAGAAUAAAUUGAAUAAAAUAGCUAAAACAGAAACACUCUUACUCCAAAUUAUUAAACAAAAAGAAAACAAUCAUAAGCAUAAAAGAAAAAUAGUAUAAGAAAUAGUAUAAGCUAAUAAUUUAUUAGGUCUUAAUCAUGUGAUGAAUCUUCUUUUAAUAAAAUAUUAUUUUAGUUAGAAUAAAAAAAGUAAUCGGUUUUGAAAAAUAUUCCAUCAAUAAGAGAAACAGCAAAUACUUAAGAAGAAAUUUAAAAUUCUAACAAUAAUACCUCUAUAUCCAAUAUAAAUGUUUCGAAGUAAAAUAUAAAUUAUAAUUCAUAGAGUACAAUAAAAUCUAUUACUAAUUACGAGCCUUCUAAAGAAACAUCGUCUAAGCAAGAUUUAAAAAGAAGAUAAAGUAAAAAAAUGACACAUUUAAGAUAACAGAAAUAACAAAAGAGAGUUUCUUAAUUGAUUCAUCCAAUUCUUUAAUAAACAUAACUAAAUCAUAAUCAAAAUAUUGCAUAAAAAGUCUAAAAUAAGCAUUUAAAUUAAGUAAAUUAAUAAUGUUUAAUUUAACAGAAUUAGGAGUAGAUUUAAAAUCUUAUCAGAAAAAGAUAAUCUUUGGCUCAAAUCUAAUUCUAAAACUAAUAAAUCUGUAAUAAUUAAAACCAAAUGACUUAUUCAUAAAUUUUAUAACAAAUGAAUAGCUCUCCUUAUAUUGUGAAAAGACGCUCUAAUACUUAUGCGAAAAAUAUGAUGGCAAUUAAUCAACAAGAAUUAAGUAAAAAUAAAAAUUAAAAUUCUAUGAUAAUUGAGAACUUAGAAAGUAGUAAGCUAUUACCAGAAAUAAUUAAAAACAGAUCUUCUCUGUAAUAUGAAAUAAAUAAUAAAGAAAACACUAAGAAAAUAUCCUAAUUGCCAUUAAAAAUGGAUAUUAAUAAAUAUAUUUAAUACAACUCUAAUGAUAAUAAUCAUUUAUCAUAAGUUUAUAUGAAUUCACAUCAGCAUAAUCAUUUUGCUAUCCAAGAAAACGAAAUCUAAGCAUCACUAUAAGAUUCGAGUUAUAUAAUGCUGCAAAUAUUUGAUAAAGCAAAUAUUUUUAGGUUUUAUUAUCCAAAUUAUAACAUUAACUAAGUGAUUGAAAAUCUGAAUUCAAAAGAAUCAUAAUAGCAUAAAAAAAAAACUUUCAAGAAGCAAGCUACUCGUCGCUUUCUUUAAACUAAAAGGACUCUUAAUUACAUAAACGUAAAUAAUAAAAUUAACGAAAGACUUUUUAGAACAAAUAUUAGUAAAGACUUAGAUUAUAAUAAAAGCAAAUUUUGA